CGCGCCAACUACGGCGGGUAAAACGAAAGCUGAUAGCAACCAACCGUCAGCCCUUAGCAACCGGUUAGCUUCGUCAAACACGCUGUUAAUCUGACGACUUUUAUCUUCAAAGCGAGACUUCAGCUGUAUGUUCGUCUGAAGUUGUUUUGUGGGAUUUCUAUCAUUUCUGAGCUUGAGAUUGAGCGCGCUGACAGCUGGAGAGUGAAGCUAGCAUGUAAACAAAGCACAGACUGUGAAUGAAUGGACCGACUGACUUACAGUCCUCUCUGUGAUUGUUUUCUUCAUUGCUUUAGAUCAGUCUGAACAUGAGCUCUGUCAUGGAUGAUCCGACCCUUGAGAGGCAUUUUAAGGGUCACAGAGACGCCAUCACCAGCCUGGACUUCAGCUCUAACAUGAAGCAAAUAGCCAGCGGCUCUGUGGAUGCGUGUGUCAUGAUCUGGAACACCAGGCCUCAGAUGAGGGCCUACAGGUUUGAGGGGCACAAGGACGCGGUGACAAGUGUCCAGUUCUCUCCCUCCGGUCAUCUCGUGGCCUCCGCGUCCAGAGACAAGACGGUCCGGCUCUGGGUGCCCAGUGUGAAAGGGGAAUCGACGGUGUUUCGAGCGCAUACGGGAACCGUGCGCAGCGUGAGCUUCUCCAGUGACGGACAGACGCUCCUCACCUCUUCUGAUGACAAAAGCAUCAAAGUCUGGGCCGUUCACCGGCAGAAGUUCCUCUUCUCCCUCAACCAGCACAUCAACUGGGUGCGCUGUGUCAGGUUUUCACCAGAUGGGCGUCUGAUUGUGUCUGCCAGCGAUGAUAAGACAGUGAAGCUGUGGGACAAGAACAGCAGGGAGUGCAUUCAUUCGUUCUGCGAGCACGGCGGAUACGUGCAUCACGCUGACUUCCACCCCAGCGGCACCUGUAUCGCAGCGGCCAGCACCGACAACACCGUGAAGGUGUGGGACAUUCGCACACACAAACUCCUGCAGCACUACCCAGUUCACAGUGCGACGGUGAACAGCCUGUCCUUCCAUCCGUCUGGAAACUACCUGAUCACGGCCUCCAGUGACUCCACGCUGAAGAUCCUGGACCUGCUGGAGGGCCGACUGCUGUACACGCUCCACGGCCAUCAGGUGACACGCCGAGCUUUACCUUCUGACACUAGACCACUCUUUUUCUGUGCUGUCCUCAAACUGCGUCCCAGUGCGGCUGUGUUGUGUAGUAAGUGA